CUGGGUCAGACCAAUGGUCCAUGUAGUCCAGUGUCCUGUCUUCCAGCAGUGGCCAGCGCCAGAUGCUUCAGGGGGAAUGAACAGAACAGGGCAAUUUUGAGUGACCCAUCCCCUGUCCUCUAAUCCUGGCUUCUGGCAGUCAGAAAUUUAGGGACAUAGAGCAUGGGGUUGUAUCCCUGACCAUCUUGGAGAUGGCCAUUGAUGAAUCUCUCCUCCAUGAACUUAUCUAAUUCUUUUUUGAACCCAGUUUUGCUUUUGGCUUUCACAACAUCCCCUGGCAACAAGUUCCACAGGUUGACUGGGUGGUAUGAAAAACAUAAGGAAGUACUUGUUUUAAACCUGCUGCCCAUGAAUUUCAUUGGGUGACUCCUAGUUCUUGUUGUUUACCCCUUUACGUAAAUACACUUCCUUGUUCACUUUUUCCUGCACCAGUCAUGAUUUUAUAGACUUCUGUCAUAUCCCACCCAUCCCCUCUUCCUGGUCCUGCCUCUCAAGGGCUGUGCAGAUGUCUGCUUCAAGAGACUUGCAACCUCUGUUGAGAGAGCCAGGCCUGGGGAGUAGAUUGGCCUUGGGGGCAGGAUGCUCUGAAGGAACAAAAGCAAAAUCACUGCAUACCAAAGUGACCGAAAGCCAGGACAGAAGCACAGCUGCUCCCACAAGACAGUCACUGCCUGGGGAGUGGAGACGAGCCCCCCAUACGCUCCCCUCCUGCAGGCUGGAUCUCUCAGCACAUGGCAGGGACUGCAAAAAGGAACAAGCACAGUGCCAGAGGCUGCUGGGAAAGGGAGACGUCCUUUGUUCCCAGCUGGAAGAAGCCCAGCCCUUCAUACUCAGCAUGGCCCCAGGACACCCAUCCCCCAAGCCAUGCCUGGCAGCGUCUCUGCACAGACACACCUGGGACUUGGAGGCCGUUUCCGUUCCAUUCUGUUCAGGUUCUCACACAGGCUCACACCAGCGUUUGAGUCCGACACUAACAGGCAUCAGUGGCCAGCGAGGCCUGAAGAGCUCUGGAUCACUGGAAAGCGGGUCUCUCACCAGUAGAAGUUGGUCCAAUAAAAGAUACCACCUCACCCAGGUCUCUAUCAUCAUGGCACCAACACAGCUACAGAACUGCAACCAGGAAUACUGCAGUCCAUUCUGGGCACUUCUGUGCCAGACACACUUUGGUGACCUAAAAGGGGUUCAAGAUAAGCCACCAAAUGACUGGGGAGCCAGAGAGCACUUCGGAAGAAACUGGAGAAGAAUCUCCUGCCCCACCCUACUCUUCACAUCAGAGUCAAUGGCACAGCCUAGGCUCCUUGGAAUGCUGGGGUCCCUUUCCAGGGUGCAGUCCAGGCCAGUGAGGGGCUGCACCACCACCUGCCCUAUUGGGUGCCUCACAGAGCUUUACUGCAGUAGUGCCAAACCUGGGCCUCUCACAAACAGCCACCAGCGUGCAGGUCACACCCUGAGUGUGUGUCUAGCCACAGCCUGGCCCAGCAGCCCUGACCUCAGCAGCCUGCCAGCAACACACCAGUCACGCACUGGCAUCCACCAGCCUCAGUUAUUACUUGCAGGGUGACCCCAGCACACUCCCAGUCCCAAAUUUCCCCCAAACAUGUGUUCUGCACUGUCCAUCCCUCUCCUGGAGAGUUCAGAUAUUACAGGUCCAUUGCCCUGUUGAGGGUCAAUAUGUAUCCGCUUAUGACUUGAACUGGAGUUACUCAAACAGUUCAGUUUAAACACGGCAGUGAAUUAGUUCUGAUUAAAAAACUAAAACAAGUUUAUUUAAUUACAAAGAUUUUAAGGGAGCAUAAGUACAAGGCAUUAAAGUCAGAAAUAGUUACAGGAGAAAGAUAAAAUGCUUUCUAGUAGCUAAAGCUUAAAACUAGACUUGGUUCAAGUUAAAACCCGCACCACAUGUUCCCAGUAAUAGGGCUGACCACAUUUUCACAUCAGGAUCCCUCAAAGUCAAAAGGCUGGCUCCUUUGUUACCUUAGACGAAAGAGAAAGGCAGACCCUGGGGUGCUUUGGCCUAUGCAAGUGAGGGGCAGACACCCCUAGAAAAAGUUACUUCCUGCCAGGAAGGCAUGGAGUCUAAAAUGCAGAUUGAUUUGUUCCAGCCCUCCUCAGUUGCCAAGGAAUUGCCACUUGAUCGGUGAUGGCCAAUCAACUUUAAUGACACCUGGUUGGAGGCAUCUGCUUGUCCUUUGCCUUUGAGAAACACGU